AUGAAGUUAUGGAAAAGGGCCAUUAUUGCCGUCGUACUUCUUAGCCUUGGUCUCUCACUCCUGCUCGCCAUGAUCGUGAUACCUGCCGGGUCCUUUAACCCCUGGUCCUCGACAGCGUCUCUAAUUCAGAAUCCUUCGUCAACAGCACAAGCACCAGCACCAUUAUCGUCUUCGUCGUCGCCCAAACCACUGGGUCUUCGCCGGGUGGCUAGAUCGACCGACGACAUGGGCUCUCUACUGUCAGACUUUUCCUACCUGUUUCAGAGCUUUACAGAGAGCGAGCUGGAGAAGGUGAUCGGGUCUCUGGUGGACAGGAAAGUGGGAAGGAGGACGAAGCGGGAGAAAAGAGACAGAGACGAAUGCUCGUUGCACGAGGUGGUCCUGACAGUAAGCGAGCUGGGCCUGGGCUACGAAAGCGACGAGACCGUGCACUUCCGUUACUGCAGCGGGAGGUGCACGGUUACGCGGCGCAACUACGACUUGGUGCUGGAGCACAUGCGCUUGAACGAUGCGUCCGGCGACAGAGGCUGUCCGACCGACGAGGGCAGGUCGAAGAGGGAGAGGGGACGAUACAGCCCCUGUUGCCGACCCACCAAAUACGAGAAGAACAUGUCUUUUUUGGACAAUAAAUCAAAGUUCUAUACAAUCCGGAAUGUGACGGCCAAAAAGUGCGGCUGCGUAUGA